AUGGCCACACCUUUGAAAAAAGGGAAGAAGGCAUGUACCGAGUGCCGUCAGCAAAAGGCCAAAUGCGAUGUCUAUCUGAAUCCCGAGCAGCCCUGUUCCCGAUGUCGCAAGGUCAAGGCUAACUGUGUCAUUUCUGACCCCUUCAAGAGAGAGCACAAGCGCAAACGUCUCUCGGAGCUGGAACGGGAAUCCGAGGACCUGCGACGAAAGCUUCGAGCCUCCUACCCGGCAGAGCCCCAUCCAUCGCCGAUCGCACUUCUGACGGCGGCGGCGGAGAUGGGUGUGCGAUCUGGUCCGGGAAGUGACUCAAUUUCCACCUCGUCGCAGGUUGCCCCAGAUUCCUAUCCACCGCAACUGCUGGCCCCGAACAACCUGGACCAUGCAACCCCGGUACCGGCCCUAAAUGGGGUUGAUACGACUAAGCCCCGAGAGUUGAACAGGGUACAUGUCCAGGCUGCGGAAAUAGAUGACUUAUAUCAAUUAUUCUUUCGUCACUAUUCUCAAUUCCUCCCCAUCCUGGAUCCACAGACCCGGCCUAAUGCCUAUUAUGCUCAGUCUCCCUUCCUAUUCUGGGCUGUUAUCGCUGUGGGAUGUCGUGCCUACCCUCGUAACCCCACGUUGUUGAUGGCAUUGGCUCGGAGUGUAAUAGAGAUGGCAUUCCUUUCAGCUCUUUCGACAUCACCACCGUGGCAUACCAUUCAAGGCUUGCUGUUGCUUCUAACUUGGCCGUUCCCUAAGGGAGAUCAUCCCGAUGUGACAUUCCCGCUCAGCGGUAUGCUUCUUCACAUCGCCAUGCAAAAUGGCUUGCACAUCCCCAUGUCAAGCCAUGAAUUUUCCCGAGUGAAGCUCUCGGUGCCGUCGGAAGCUGAUUUACUUCGCCGAUCCGAGCUAUGGGCCCAUUGCGUCAUUAUGUAUCAAAGAGUUUGUGUCCUGAAAGGACAAUUGCCGCGAGCGCUCAUGAGCCACGGUCAAGACCCAACGCAUCGACAGGUACUUAUCGACAAAAUUGCCCCGUGGAUGGCACUCAAAAUCAGAUGCCAGGAGGUGAUCGCGAGGUGCAGUGAAGCAGUUAUGGAGAACGGCAUGCGUUCAAUGUCCUUGGAUCAGGAACGAGCCCUGGAUAUUCUACUUCGCACAUAUGAAGGCCAGGUAGAUGACCUGGAGCUACAAGCCGUGACUGAUGAUGAGAGAUUUGAUACAGGUCUUUGUCGGAUGGCUAUCCAAAGCUUCCAUUUUUACAAGAUCCAGACCCUUGUGACAAGCGCCUGUUAUCCUCGGAUUCUAGUGACUGCUUGUAGCUUGAUUGACUAUGUUCAGUCUCUGUCAGAGCGCCUCGGCAGCGUAUCUAUGGCUCCGAUUCACAUUGGCUUCGCGUUACUUCUCGCAUCAACAUCCUUGCUCCGCAUUCUCAAGAGCAAUGCCGCUUCGCAGGGACUUGAAACUGAGCGCGCUCGUACCUCUUUUUUUACCGCAAUUAACCUGGCGAAGCUGAUGUCUAUUGAUAGCGCUGACAUGGCAGCGAAAACGGUCAUUGUCCUGAAUUCUCUAUGGAACAGCAGCAAAGCGUUCCGCAAAGCCGAUGGAACCGAAUACUCGGUAUUGCGCAUUCGUAGUCGACUAGUGCUGAGUCCGAUUCUUGACACUGUCUGGUGGUGGCGAGACGAGUUUGAUCCACAAGCACGGGCUGUGAGAUCAGCCCUGGAACCUACUGAAGGCGUGGUGUACAACCGCUCUCGUUAUCUCCCGGGGGGGGAUAGCGGUGCCGGGCUUGGCAUGGACGUCGGUCGUGAUGUGACUGGUGCUGGGCCGGCUUCAUGGAAGCCCACUCCUGACCAGACGGCAUUCCGACUUGAUGAGCAAUUCUUGGCAGAUUUUGAAUGGGCCUUAGGGGAUGACGCGCUGUUCUCAUUGGAUCCCGUUCCUACCAGCUGGUCAUCAACAACAAACCUGCUCUAG